AUGGAGAUUCACAUUCAAACUCCCCUCUCACUCAUCCUCCUCCUCCCUUUCUUCUUCUUCACCUUCCUUCCAUUAUCAUCCCAAGCAUGCCACCAAGUAGACAGAGACGCAUUGCUGGAUUUCAAACAUUCAAUCAACCCUCUUAAUCUCUUACAAAGUUGGAUACCCUCCACCGAUUGCUGCUCUACCUGGGAUGGCAUCGCCUGCGACCCCUCCUCUGGCAGAGUCGUCCAGGUCAGCCUACCAGUUCUCUCUGACAAGGUUUGCUCCAUGAACGUAACUCUAUCUCCUUCUCUCGGCAACCUCUCUUUCCUCCAGUUUCUAGACCUCAGCGAUCUCAAUCGACUCUCCGGCCCGAUCCCUCCUGAGCUCGGAAAACUUUCACGCCUCUCUUACCUUUACCUCAGUAACAAUUGUCUCUCUGGUGAGAUUCCGGUGUCUCUCGGGCGACUCACCCGGCUGAAGAUACUUCAUUUGAGUUGGAAUCUUUUAUCUGGCUCUGUUCCUUCAGCUCUGUUCCAUUCCAUGCCUCUGCUUUAUGACCUGGAUCUUUCAUAUAAUAAUCUUUUUGGUGUGAUUCCUUCUUCGAUUGGAAAAUUGAUUUCUCUAAUCAAUCUCGAGCUACAAUCAAACAGGUUCUAUUUCUGUUAG